CAGCGGUCACCACCGUUCGGGCACUUUUACUUCCCUCUUUCUUUCUCUCUCUACAUACACUCUCUCUCACUCAUUCACUCCCUCUCUCUCUCUCUCAGCACGCCUCACUCAGAAAAAGAUAACAAUUUACACUCUCACCAGCUGAAAGAGAAAGAGAGCGUGUUUGUGUUACUGUGUUAUUAUUAAGCUAGCUAGUAGCUACAGAGAGAGGAAGCAUUUAUUUUAUUACAUUUAUUUUUAUUUUAAUCAUUUGAGUGAAAAUAUAAAAAUAAAUUAAAUUGACAGUGGGAAAAAUGUUGUGAUUCUUUUUGGUAUUUUUUUAAAAAAGUUUAUUUUUUUGGGGGUUUAUGUUUCUGGGUCAGUUUCAAAAAGGUGUAUUUUGACGAGAUCGGGUUCUGGGUGUAGUGUGGUGAGUGAUAAUGGUGAAGAUUUGAGGUACUUGCAUGUGAGAUUUGGGGGUUAGGGUUUUAGGGUAAUUUGGAUUUGUUGUGGCGGUGGUGGUGGUGGAGGUGGAGGUGGGGGGUUUGUGAUGGUGUUUUAUAGUGUGAGUUAUUGUUUGGAUCUGAGAUUAUUAACUAUAUAGUCAGAUGGAGAGAAAGUUCUGUGCUUUAGCUUUCAUUUGGGGUGUUUUGUUUUUGUUGCUUCAUCCACUAUGGUUGAUUUCUGCUAACAUGGAAGGUGAUGCGUUACAUAGUUUGAGGACAAAUUUACAAGAUCCUAACAAUGUUUUGCAGAGUUGGGAUCCUACACUUGUCAAUCCUUGCACAUGGUUUCAUGUAACCUGCAAUAAUGAUAAUAGUGUCAUAAGAGUUGAUUUGGGAAAUGCUGCUUUAUCUGGCCAACUAGUUCCACAGCUCGGUCAACUCAAGAAUUUGCAGUAUCUGGAACUUUACAGCAAUAACAUCACUGGUCCUAUUCCAAGUGACCUGGGGAAUCUUACUAACUUGGUGAGCUUGGAUCUGUACCUAAAUCGGUUCACUGGCCCUAUCCCGGAUUCAUUGGGCAAGUUGUCCAAAUUGCGUUUCCUCCGGCUUAAUAAUAACAGCUUGAUGGGUCCUAUUCCCAUGUCACUAACUAAUAUUUCAGCUCUCCAAGUUUUGGAUUUGUCUAAUAACCAGCUCUCAGGCGUGGUUCCUGAUAAUGGCUCCUUCUCAUUAUUCACUCCGAUCAGUUUUGCAAAUAACUUGAAUCUAUGCGGACCAGUCACUGGUCACCCUUGUCCAGGCUCUCCUCCAUUUUCUCCGCCUCCUCCUUUUGUCCCUCCACCCCCAAUUUCCGCCCCAGGAAGUGGCAGUGCAACUGGAGCUAUAGCUGGAGGAGUUGCUGCCGGUGCUGCUCUAUUAUUUGCUGCACCUGCAAUUGCAUUUGCAUGGUGGCGUCGAAGGAAACCACAAGAAUUUUUCUUUGACGUUCCUGCUGAAGAGAAUCCUGAAGUUCAUCUUGGGCAGCUUAAGAGGUUCUCGCUCCGAGAGUUGCAAGUUGCAACUGAUACUUUCAGCAAUAAGAACAUUCUUGGAAGGGGAGGGUUUGGUAAGGUGUACAAAGGACGCUUGGUUGAUGGUUCCCUGGUUGCUGUCAAAAGAUUGAAAGAGGAACGGACGCCUGGUGGGGAACUUCAGUUUCAGACUGAAGUAGAGAUGAUCAGUAUGGCUGUGCAUAGAAAUCUCCUUCGUUUACGUGGGUUUUGUAUGACACCGACAGAAAGGUUACUUGUUUAUCCAUACAUGGCUAAUGGAAGUGUUGCCUCCUGCUUAAGAGAGCGUCCUCCGCAUCAAGAACCCCUAGAUUGGCCGACAAGGAAAAGAAUAGCUUUGGGAUCAGCGAGGGGUCUUUCAUAUUUGCACGAUCACUGUGACCCAAAGAUCAUUCAUCGUGACGUUAAAGCUGCUAACAUAUUGCUGGAUGAGGAGUUUGAGGCGGUUGUCGGGGAUUUCGGAUUGGCUAAACUUAUGGAUUACAAGGACACGCAUGUGACAACUGCUGUACGGGGUACAAUUGGUCAUAUAGCUCCCGAGUACCUAUCUACUGGCAAAUCUUCGGAGAAAACUGAUGUUUUUGGUUAUGGUAUUAUGCUUCUUGAGCUUAUCACUGGACAAAGAGCUUUUGACCUUGCUCGGCUUGCAAAUGAUGAUGAUGUUAUGCUGCUUGAUUGGGUAAAAGGACUACUGAAAGAAAAAAAGCUUGAAAUGUUGGUUGAUCCUGAUCUUCACAACAACUACAUAGAAGCUGAGGUAGAACAGUUAAUCCAGGUUGCACUGCUCUGCACACAAGGUUCCCCUAUGGACCGACCUAAGAUGUCAGAAGUGGUGAGAAUGCUCGAAGGCGACGGUUUAGCUGAAAGAUGGGAUGAGUGGCAGAAAGGGGAAGUUCUUCGCCAAGAAGUGGAGCUGGCGCCUCAUCCGAACUCGGAUUGGAUUGUUGACUCUACUGAAAAUCUACAUGCAGUUGAAUUAUCUGGUCCAAGGUGACCUUGUCAUCACAGUAGUAAUGAAAAGAAAAAAUGAAUGGAAUUAAUUGUGACUUAUUUUUUAAUUAUAAAAGUUUUUUCACCUUUUUUUUUGUUUUUGUUUUUUUGGUUCCUUUCAAGUACCAUAUCAUGAUUACAGAUCUUGUAAGUCCACUGCAUUAUAUUAUAUUCAUUUACAUUUGUGCAUAGGGGUCACUUUGUCAAGUUGCAAAUUUGUAUCAUCUGGUAUUGUUUGAUGAAGUGAUGUUUUACUUAGAUGAAUGAAUCUUUUUGUACA